AUGUCAAUUGCUGUAUCGACCAUAGAUACCCCUUUAACACCCAAAACUUCAAAUAGUAUAUCGACACCUUCAUCAACACCAUCAACCCCAGUUAUCGAUAAUACAGGGUCACAAGAUCAAGGCACCGAAAUAACUUCUGGCAAAAAUGUUGAGCAAAACGUAAAUAAACCAUCAAAUAUUGUAGGUGUGAAAGAAAGGACACCGCUUCAUGAAAUAAAUUUUAAUAGCCCUAUAAGAAAGGAUUGCAUAACAAGAAGGCCACGAAAAAAACAUCCAGUGAAGAAGCAAAACCCUAGUAACAAUGAUCAAAGCAACAUGAAUAAAAUUUCAGGUAUCCAUCCGGCUGCGCCAAUAAUUACUGAUGGAUCAGAGACAAGCGAACCACAAACACAAAUGCAAAUUUCGGUGAAACGUAAAUCAAAACAACUCGAGGAUGACGAUGAUGAGAAAGAGUCGCCUAAAAGAAAAAGAUCUACAAGGAGAAAUAAAAAUGACAAAAAUUUACCAAAGAGACCUGCUAAUGCGUAUUUUCAAUUUAUAGCCCUUAAAAGGGCAGAAUAUACUAAAAAAUAUCCGGAAUUGAGCGCACAAGAUGUAACUGUAUUCCUUGCCAAGACUUGGAAGUCAAUGUCAAACGCAGAAAAGAAAGACAAACUAGAGAAAUUAAAUGAUGAAGAACAGGAUGCACCUUAUGAUAUCGAUCCAUUCCCUCAAUAUCCUGAUUUUCAAUCAAUGCUCAAUGCCCCACUAUCUUUUGGUCCAUUUGAAUCUAUCUCAGAGGCAUCUUUCGAUGGUGAUUUUCAUGACCAGAAAGUUAAUGACAAUCCGCCUGUGUUGGUGAAAUACGAACCACGGAGCCCAACUUUGCUUUACGUGAAUAACAAUUCUCCCAGUACUCCAUCGCAGCCUCAAUAUUUUCCCAGUAAUCCCAGUACUCCAUCGCAGCCUCAAUAUUUUCCCAGUAAUCCCAAUACUCCAUCGCAGCCUCAAUAUUUUCCCAGUAAUUCCAGUACUCCAUCGCAGCCUCAAUGUUUUCCCACUAUGCAACAAAUUCAAGUACCUCGACAAAUGCGAUAUUCUCAGCAAAUACCGACCAAUUCGAACAUGAUAUCAAUACCGCAAACUCCAAAUAUGUUACAUGCCCAAAUUUCACGACAAACGCAAACUCCAAAUAUGUCACAUGCCCAAAUUUCACAACAAAUGAAUAAUGGUUCAUCAUCGCAGUCUUUGAAUCAACAGCAACAAACAGAAAAGCAGUUACGUUCUAGGCAACAACAAAUGCCAUAUCAAACAUGGCAGCCUACGUUAAUGUAUUCUCCAGAUAUGAGUGGACAGGCAAGCCAACAGAUGAUGAUGGGACAAAUCAUGCCACAGCAAAUGCCUCAGCAGAUCCCUCAAAAUAUGCGGCAACGACUUUGGCAAACAAUUCCAAAUCAAACGAAUAAUCAAUUUUCAUCAUAUAUACCAACCCAACAAUUUGCCUGGCAACAACAAAAUAGAUCAAUGUAUAAUUCAUUGAAUAAUCAACAACAUAUGUUAAGUCAAAUAGAUACCCAUAUGAGGCCACAAAUACAAACUAAUCCACAGAUGAGAUGGUAUUAA